AUGGUGGUGGGUCAGUUGGGAUCUGGUUUCUUAUCGUUAGAGUUACCAAGGUGCCAAGCCCUCAAUGCACCGACUAAUCCCAAGCCAUUGGACCUAAUAGCUACUCCCAUCCUAACUACAAAGUCACGAUGUCCUUCUCAUAAUCCUUACGAUCAAGGGUUGACUUUAUUUGAUGAUAAAGCUACGAUAAAAAUUGUCGAAAGAUGUGUAAGGAGAGGGACUGAUAUGGAAGUGGUUACAAAGAAGAAGGAAGUAAAGCGUGAUAAAGUGGUUGCAAUCUUACUUUUGUUUGGAUUCCCAAAACUGAUACUAGGGGCAACGCUAGCUCAUGAGAUGGGGCAUGCAUUGAUAAAACUCCAAGGCUGGACCUUUAUAUUGGAAAGGAAAGUAGAAGAAGGCAUAUGUGAGGCGAUAGCUUACGAGUGGCUAAAGUACACAGUUCCUAAUUGUGAUCCAUCGUACACCCAAAAGGAGGUUGCAAUUGCAGAAUGGUUGCAGAUAAAAGAUAUGUCUGCCAUUAAAAAAGGAAGGUAUGCGGCGGAAUUUGGAGAGGCUCACAGAGCCAUUAGAAAGUACGGCUUGAAACGCACAUUGAAGCAUGUUGCUCACUGGAGGGAUAUUCCAGAGUGA